AUGAGGGUUUUCCAAAUUGUAUACAUUUUAAUAAUUUCCAAUUUGAUUUAUGCUACAAGUGGUGGUGGCACAAGUAGUCAUCAUCACAAGAAUGAUAACAAUAUUGCUGAUAAUACAAACAAUAACAACAACAAUAAUAAUAAUAAUAAUAAUAAUAAUAUCACUAAUGCUACAACUACAAGAACAGUCACUACUUCAACUAAAACUAAAACUCAUACUGGAGGUGGUGUUGCUGCAAUGGGUGGUAUUUUAGGACAAAAUGGGUGGUUUUAUGGAGAUGCUGGGUUAAUGGCAGCAAUAUUUGGUGCUAUGCUUUUGUUGUGA